GACAACCACUACCGCCCAGACAGCAGCGACACCUGCCUGCUGUGCGACUGCUACCCGGUCGGUUCCUUCUCCAGAGCGUGCGACCGAGAGAGCGGCCAGUGCCAGUGUAAACCCGGCGUGAUUGGACGCCAGUGUGACCGCUGCGACAACCCCUUUGCUGAGGUUUCUCCAAACGGCUGUGAAGUAAUCUAUGACAGCUGCCCUCAGGCGAUCGAGGCUGGGAUCUGGUGGCCCAGGACGAAGUUUGGUCUCCCUGCAGCGGUUCCCUGUCCCAAGGGAACGCUCGGCACAGCCGUCCGACACUGUGAUGAGCACAAGGGCUGGCUGCCUCCCAAUCUCUUCAAUUGCACCUCUGUUACCUUCAGCAGGCUGAAAACUCUGUCUGAGAAGUUUUCCCGUAACGCUUCACUCCUGGAUUCCGGACAUGUUCAGCAGACAGCAGCCAUGUUAGCCAACGCCACCCUGCACACCGAGAAAUACUACGGCAGCGAUGUGAAAGUGGCGUAUCGGCUCACGCAGAGUCUGCUGCAGCAUGAGAGCAGCCAGCAGGGCUUCAACCUCACAGCCACACAGGACGUCCACUUCACUGAGAAUCUGGUUCGUGUGGGCAGUGCCAUCCUGUCUCCAGACACACGGCCGCACUGGGAGCUGAUCCAGCACUCGGAGGGAGGCACGGCGGCGCUGCUGCGACACUACGAGGAAUACGCAAACACACUGGCACAGAACAUGAGGAAGACGUACCUCAGCCCCUUCACCAUCGUCACGCCACAUAUUGUCAUCUCUGUCGACCGUCUCAAGAAGAUGAAUUUCGCUGGUGCCAAACUCCCACGGUAUCAGACCCUGAGGGGCCCUCGACCUGCAGACCUGGAGACGGCCGUCACGCUGCCCGAUUCCGUCUUCCAACCACCUGUGGACACCAAGGGUCACAGACACUUGGACAUCUUCCCAGAAUCCUCGCUGAGGAACCGCUCAGCCAACAGGAAGAAACGCCACCCUGAUGAAAGCCAGCAGGACGCCAUCGCCAGCGUGAUCAUCUUCCACAGCCUGGCCGCGCUGUUACCAGAGAGCUACGAUCCCGACAAGAGGAGCCUGCGGUGA